CCCGUAAUUCACAUCCUCACCAUCUCCGCUAACCCUUUCUCUUUCUCUUUCGAACAGUGCCUCCAACAUUGGGCCUAGCGAGAAAGCCUGGCACUUUCUCACAUUAGGAGGGUUUCCAAAAACCGACUUUACAUUUAAAUUGCUGCUCUUUUGGCACCAUUGAAGACAUCGGCACGUUUCAUAAUGUUGACAUUGUUUUUCUUCAUUGUUCUCGCCGGGGCUGCUCGGUCGAGUGAUGUGAUAGAGUUCUCUGAUGACGAUUUCGACAGUAAAAUUGGAGACCAUGGGAUGAUUCUCGUGGAAUUCUUUGCGCCAUGGUGUGGCCAUUGUAAACGACUAGCUCCAGAGUUUGAGGUGGCAGCCACACGUCUGAAAGGCAUUGUCGCAUUGGCCAAGGUCGACUGCACGGUCCACAACAAUGUGUGCCAGAAAUAUGGAGUUAGCGGUUACCCAACACUGAAGAUCUUCAAAGACGGAGAGGAUGCCGGUGCCUACGAUGGACCCAGAACUGCAGAUGGGAUUGUGAGCCAUCUGAAGAAGCAGGCUGGCCCAUCUUCCGUGGAGCUCAAGACCGAGGCAGAUUUCACGAAGUAUGUCGGAGACCGUGACGCAAGUGUUGUGGGUUUCUUUGCUGACGGUGGAAGCCCAGCCCAAGCAGAGUUCCUUAAGUCGGCCAGUGCCCUCCAAGAGUCCUUCCGCUUUGCACACACCAACUCUGGGGAGCUUCUCCAGAAACAUGGCAUUGAGGGAGAGGGAAUCAUUCUGUUCCGUCCACCACGCCUCAACAACAAAUUUGAAGAGAGCAGUAUCAAGUUCAGUGAGGACAAGUUCACCAACACCAUGAUCAAGAAGUUUAUCCAGGACAACAUCUUUGGAAUGUGCCCCCACAUGACUGAUGACAACAAGGACCAAAUGAAGGGCAAGGACCUGCUGGUGGCCUACUAUGAUGUGGACUAUGAGAAGAACCCCAAGGGCUCCAACUACUGGAGGAACCGGGUAAUGAAGGUGGCCAAGAGCUUCCUGGACCAGGGAAAAACGCUGAACUUUGCCGUGGCUAACAAGAACAGCUUCAGCCAAGACAUCGCUGAGAUGGGCCUGGACGCCAGCUCAGGAGAGCUGCCCGUGGUCGGCAUCCGCACUGCCAAGGGAGACAAAUACGUCAUGGCAGAGGAGUUCUCACGCGACGGCAAGGCCCUGGAGCGUUUCCUGCAGGACUACUUUGAUGGCAAGCUGAAGCGUUACCUCAAGUCUGAGCCCAGCCCUGAGAACAACGACGGCCCCGUCAAGACUGUGGUGGCUGAGAACUUUGACGCCAUUGUGAACGACGAGGAAAAGGAUGUGCUGAUUGAGUUCUACGCCCCAUGGUGCGGCCACUGCAAGAGCCUGGAGCCCAAGUGGAAAGAACUGGGAGAGAAGCUGUCCAGUGAUCCCAACAUUGUCAUCGCAAAGAUGGAUGCCACAGCCAAUGACGUCCCAUCUCAAUACGAAGUCAGGGGAUUCCCCACCAUCUUCUUCGCACCAGCUGGACAGAAAAUGAACCCAAAGAAAUAUGAGGGAGGUCGUGAGGUCAGUGACUUAAUCUCCUAUCUGAAGAGGGAGGCCACCAACCCACUGGUGGCUCAGGAAGAGAAGUCCAAGAUUGAGCUAUAGAAGCUCAACUGGAGCCAACAUUCAAGGGGGGAAACACUGACAGAACUCAAUUAUAUUCCAAUCUUUAGUGAACUACAGAAUGCUCUGAACCCUCCCUUGGGUACUGCUGCUCUGGGAACACUGGGAGGUGGUGGCCAGGGCCUGCCUGAUUUUAAAUGUAUGGAAAGAGGGACAGUUUUGAAAUUGAGAUUAUUUCCCCUGGUCUGUACCUCCGAUUGAUGCACUUUGGUUUGAGACCAAUUUCCAGUCAUCUAUUGCUUAGUUUUUUCAGAAAGCGGGGUGGUUAUGGUGAAAUCAUUUUUUUUUGUUAUUACCUUUUUCUUUUUUUUCACCGCGUUUUUGUACAUUUGAAAGGAUCGGGAAUAAAAGGCCCACAAAACCAA